AUAUAUAAUGCAAUUAUUUUCUACCGUAUGCCAUCAUAUAAUGUGAAAACACACCUAAAUCAAACUCAAGACAAGGUAAGAAAAGAAGAACACGACGAUAUGGGAUCAUGCUUAUCGUCAUCAUCAUCAAUAUUGCCACGCACAGGUUAUAGCCAUCGCCCCCGAAAUUUCCCACCGUACAAGGUUAGCUAUAUCGUCAGGCCAACGCGUACUAAGCAGCAGCAAGAACCAGCCAAACCAUCUACCAAGCUAUGUAUGAUCUGUAUGGACGAAAGGUCUUCCUCCGACAUCUUCCGAGGAACCACUAGUUGCACUCACUCGUACUGCACCGAGUGCACCAUACGUUACGUGGCGACCAAGGUAGAAGAAAACGCAGCGAGGGUCAAGUGUCCUGACAUAAAUUGCACGCAACUGAUAGAGCCCUACGCGUGUCGUGAUCUGAUUCCAAAGGACUUGUUCGUGCGUUGGGACAAAGCCAUAUGUGAGUCGUUGAUCAUGUCUUCGGAGAAAGUCUACUGUCCGUUCGAAAACUGCUCGGCUGUGAUGGUGGUGGACGAUGAUGAUGAUGGUGUUAAAGUGACGCAGACGGAGUGUCCGUCUUGUCAUAGACUGUUUUGCGCUCAAUGUGAGGUGCCAUGGCACGCAGGGAGGGUGUGUAAAGAUAUGAAGAAGAAGAAGAAGAAUAGCGAUAAAGAAGAUGCUUUGUUGAUAGAUUUGGCCAAGCAGAAGAAGUGGAGAAGGUGUCCUAAAUGCAAAUUCUACGUUGAGAAAUCCUCUGGUUGUUUGCACAUAAUAUGCAGGUGUGGUUUCCACUUUUGCUAUCUUUGUGGGUCAUCAUCGUCGGGUAUUUUUCACUCAUGCGGAGUUGCUCGUACCUCAAGGCCAUAAUUAUUAUAUUCUUAUUUUCUUAAUUUUGAUUUCGGUAAGAUAGCGAGACUAUUCAUUUAAAAUAUGUUUUAGACCUUUUUUUUAUAACGAAGAAAAAAGGUUGAAAGUGCUACUCUAGAACAUUUUAUUACGCUGUUAGAAAGUUACGUUAUCUAAUACGAGACUGUUUUUGCUG